AUGGACGCGCCUUCCGUCUCCACCAGCGCGGAGCAGAACGCACCACCCGAAGGAGGUGCCGAGGGCAGUGGGUCAGCGCCCGCGGGGCAAGGUGUCGCGCGCCGAGGCUGGGGGGGAGUCGUCGCCGCCGCCGCCGCCACCGCUACCGCCGCCGCCGCCGCCGCCGAGGUGACUGAGGAGAGAGGCGCCUCCUCGCUCCCGCCCCCGCCGGACUUCAAUGCCCAGUCCCCAGCUCGCCAGCCCCCUGUGGAGAUCUCCUAUGAGAACAUGCGUUUUCUGAUAACUCACAACCCUACCAAUGCUACUCUCAACAAGUUCACAGAGGAACUCAAGAAGUAUGGAGUGACAACUUUGGUUCGAGUUUGUGAUGCUACAUAUGAUAAAGCUCCAGUUGAAAAGGAAGGAAUCCACGUUCUAGAUUGGCCAUUUGAUGAUGGAGCUCCACCCCCUAAUCAGAUAGUAGAAGAUUGGCUGAACCUGUUAAAAACCAAAUUUCGUGAAGAGCCCGGUUGCUGUGUUGCAGUGCAUUGCGUUGCAGGAUUGGGAAGGGCACCUGUGCUGGUUGCGCUUGCUUUGAUUGAGUGUGGAAUGAAGUAUGAAGAUGCAGUUCAGUUUAUAAGACAAAAAAGAAGAGGAGCAUUCAAUUCCAAACAGCUGCUUUACUUGGAGAAAUACCGACCUAAAAUGCGAUUACGUUUCAGAGACACCAAUGGGCAUUGCUGUGUGCAGUAGGAGGAAGCAUGGACGAAGGCUUACUUGAUUGUGGCCGUUAGAGGGGACUCU